AUGCCUGCUGGCAUGUUCAGCAUCGACAGCAUCUUGGCAGCCAGACCCCGCGGGAAGGAGUCGGGGCUGCUGCUACAGCAGCAUCAACCUCCGCACCCCGCGCAGCAGCCUCAGCCUAGCGCGGCGCCCGUCGUCUUCUCGGCCAGCCUGCACGGAGGGGACACUAUCUACGGCCCCGCCGGCGGCGACUACGGGGGAUAUUACUCGCGGGCCGUGGCUCCGGCGUCUAACCUGGCCGCCCUCGGUGGAUCUAGGCUGGGAGGCUACGGCAACUAUUACUACGGGCAACUUCACGUCCAGGCAUCCGCCGUGGGUCCCUCUUGCUGCGGCGCCGUGCAGCCCUUCGGCGCUCAGCAGUGCUCCUGCGUCCCAGCAACAGGCUACGAAGGGACAGGCUCAGUCCUAAUGUCUCCCGUCCCGCAUCAAAUCCUGCCUUACAUGAACGUGGGCACCUUGUCCCGGACUGAGCUGCAGCUUCUAAACCAGCUCCACUGUCGGCGGAAAAGGAGGCAUCGCACCAUCUUCACGGACGAACAGCUGGAGGCGUUGGAAAACUUGUUCCAGGAAACCAAAUACCCCGACGUUGGCACCAGGGAACAGCUGGCCAGAAGGGUACAUUUAAGGGAGGAAAAAGUGGAGGUUUGGUUCAAGAACCGCAGGGCGAAAUGGCGGCGACAAAAGCGGUCUUCUUCAGAGGAGUCGGAAAACGCCCAGAAAUGGAAUAAAACAUCCAAGGCGUCUCCAGAGAAGCUACAAGAAGAAAGCAAAAGCGAUUUGGACUCGGACAGCUGA